AUGACGGCCGCUUUACGCUGGAGCACCAACCUCACCCGCCUGUUACAGAAGAACUCCAUCACCGACCCGUUCCGAGCCCCGAAGCUGCUCCAAACCCAAACCCAAACCCACUCCAAAGCCUACCUCCGCUUCCCUCAAGUCUUCCGCAAAGCCAGAGACUACGACCUGUCCCCCUCUGUCUUCUCCUCCGCCUUCUCCUCCGCCAAGUCCUCCGUCGAAGCUCCGUCGGUCUCCAAGCUUGGGUUCGUGGGAUGGUACCUGGGUAUGAUCGAGUCCCGCCCCGUUUUGACCAAGAGUGUCACCGCGGCGCUUAUUUACACCGCCGCCGAUUUGUCCUCCCAGACAUUAGCAAAAUCAUCCUUUUCAGAAUCUUAUGAUCUUGUAAGGACUGCGCGCAUGGCUGGAUAUGGGAUGCUGGUUUUGGGUCCGUCGCUGCAUUUCUGGUUCAAUUUCAUGUCGAAAUCUUACCCGAAACGGGAUAUCUUUUCGACAUUGAAGAAAAUGGCAAUGGGGCAGGUGCUUUUUGGACCUACAAUGACGUUUGCUUUCUUCUCCUUGAAUGCAUGUCUACAAGGUGAAAACGGUGGAGAAAUUGUUGCCCGCCUACAGCGAGACUUGUUCCCUACAUUGUUAAAUGGCGUUAUGUACUGGCCAAUAUGUGAUUUUAUCACAUUCAGAUUCAUUCCUGUCCAUUUACAGCCAUUAGUGAGCAAUGGAUUUUCGUAUCUGUGGACCAUUUACAUCACGUACAUGGCAGGCCUGGAGAAAGCAGGCACAGCGUCCUAGCUGAUUGACUGUAGGCGCCUAUUCUUUUUACUAGUCUCGUCUUCAAGAUUUAGA